AUGAUCGAGGCGGCCUAUCCCUAUUCAUCAGCACCGGCCGCGACUGCAGCAGCCACGGGUGGAGGGGGAGUGGGAGGGGGGCCUGUGACAGGAUUCAGCAGCCCAGGGGGGCCGACUGGGGGGGCAUCGGGGCCAGGGCCAUCGGCGGGGGGACCCACGGGUCCUGUGGGGCCGAGCGGUCCCCCGUCUGGGGGCACUGCACCUGGGCCUCUGGGGCCGUCUGGCCCUGUUGGGCCGGGCCCCACUGGUCCUGUGGGUCCUGCGCCCUUUGGACCAAGUGGACCCGUCGGUGGGCCAGGGCCAUUUGGUCCGGGGCCCUUUGGAUUUGGACCAUCGGGACCAGUAGGAUUUGGACCUGGACCUGGACCAUUUGGGCCUGGACCUGUACCUUUCGGCCCAGGACCUUAUGGACCAGCUUUCUACAGAUGGCUACUCGGUCUAGCCAACUAUUGGCUGCCUGGUUAUCUCAAGUACAAAGCUUUUGGUGCAAAGGCUCUCAAAGGUAACUUCCUUGGCAGAUUUCCGCCAUUUCCGUACCCGGUAGCUUUGGCUUAUCCCGGACAAGCCAAUCUUUUAUUCGGCAACAGUUUUGGGAAUAAAGCGUUGGCGCUUGUACAGAAGCACUACACCAAGCUAGUUGAGCCAGUUGUGAUGGGUGUGCUGGGUGCACUGGGAAUGUGGAUCUUCAGAGCUGUAGUUCUUCCGAAAUUGCCCAUCAUUGUGAAGAAGGAGGUGGCCAGGUCUUUGGACUACACUCACAAUGAAGCCAUGGAUACUUUGGCGGAGACAGUGACGGCAGCGAUCUCUCGAGGCAUCUGUAUGCAGCACAUCGCCUGUGAGUUCGGCCUCAUCGUCAGACCUCUUCCACGACAACUCAUCCAUACUAUGGAAAAGUAUGCUUCUACAAAUUCAGGACUGGGACUUUUCGUGAAAGUGGCCAACUCUCCAGAUAUAACGUCCUGCGAAGCAUAUAGCUGUAGGCAAGAGCAAACAUCGCUGGCAAACCACAGUCACCAUUUCACAAGUGACAAUAGUGUUUUGAAACAUGAUGCAAACAAUAAUACUGUACAAAGAACUUAGCCCGGUAACCUUACAAAUUUGGAACUUUUUAAGAUGUUUGAUCACACCAGAAAUUGAUUUUUAAAUUAUUUGAAGUGAUAUUAGCAAUUAGCUAUAUGUUGUAUCAUAUAAUUAUAAAGAUAAUGAUGUACCUAUAGAUUCAUAAUAACUUAUAGAGUUUUUGGAUUUUUAGAAAACAUUAGUACAAUUUGUUGUAUUAAGUAGAUUUUAAGGAGAUACUCAUGAGUCAUGUUCCCUAGGAGAGUUCCAAUUUUAUUUAUUUAUCAAUUAAACUUUUAUUUAUUUAUUAACUCAUCAAUUUCGUCAUACUAUUAAUUUAUUUCUACCUUGUAUUUAUUAGGUUUUAUUAUAUUAUCUUAUACGAACUCAUAAAUGAAUAGAAUGAAAUAUAAAUAAACAUUUUUUUAUAAACAAUGGCACAUGAAAAAUGUUAUUGAAAUGUUGAUUUGAGAAAAUUUUCAAGUGAAAUUUAAAUAUGCACGCCUAAACUCAUUUAUUAUGGUAUUUAUUAUAAAAAAUUAAAAUAAUAUUUCACAUGAAA